AUGGCGUCCUCCAUACUCUCCGACUGCUCCUCGGCCCGCCUCCUUCCUCUCCGCCGCGCGCUCCUCCCGCCGCGGGCGCCCCGCCUCCGCCCCUGCCCCGCUCUAGCUCACCCCAGGCGCCUCCUCGUCGCCGCCCGGCCCCAGCUUCUCCCGCGCCCGCGCCGCAUGGACUCGCCCCCGCCGCCACCGCCUCGUCCGCCGAUUCAGGUGCGCUUGCUUGCAACCGUCUCAGCCGAUGCACCUGCCAAAGUGAUUGACGGGAAGCUUGUGGCGAAGCAAGUGAGAGAAGAAAUAGCCGUUGAAGUCACCAGGAUGAAGGAUGCGAUCGGCAUAGUGCCUGGCCUGGCGGUCAUCCUUGUCGGGUCGAGGAAGGAUUCACAGACUUACGUGCGGAACAAGAAGAAGGCGUGCGAAGCGGUCGGUAUAAAGUCGUACGAGGUCAACUUGCCUGAGGACAGCUCCGAGGAGGAGGUUAUCAAGCACAUAGCGAGCUUCAACAGUGACCCGUCUGUGCAUGGCAUCUUGGUUCAGUUGCCCUUACCUCGGCAUAUGAACGAUGAGAACAUUUUGAAUGCUGUCAGUAUUGAAAAGGAUGUUGAUGGCUUUCAUCCGCUGAACAUUGGACGACUUGCAAUGCAAGGCCGAGAUCCGUUCUUUGUACCUUGCACCCCAAAAGGAUGCAUGGAGUUGCUACACCGAUUUGGAGUUGAAAUUAAAGGGAAGAGGGCUGUUGUAAUCGGAAGAAGCAAUAUUGUUGGAAUGCCUGCUGCAUUGUUGUUGCAAAAAGCAAAUGCAACUGUCAGCAUUGUACAUUCACAAACUAAGAACCCUGAGGAAAUAACAAGACAGGCAGAUAUAGUCAUCGCAGCUGUUGGAGUUGCCAACUUGGUCAGAGGGAAUUGGAUAAAACCUGGAGCAGCUAUUAUUGAUGUUGGCAUCAAUCCAGUUGAUGACCCGGAAAGCCCUCGGGGUUAUAGGCUCGUUGGAGAUGUCUGUUACGAGGAAGCCUCCAAGGUUGCCGGAGCAAUCACACCAGUCCCAGGAGGUGUUGGGCCGAUGACAAUUGCAAUGCUUUUGUCAAACACUCUUGAGUCGGCUAAAAGAACCCACAAAUUCAAAUAA